UGGAAGAGUGACGUAUGAACGGCCGAAACGAAAACGAAAGAAAAGCCUCUUGUGCCGUUGUUAUCUUCUAUCAUAACUGAAGAAUGGAGACAAACGGCCAAGUAAAUGGGCUUAAAUCUAAAAAGAAAGACAAUGGAGACGGCAAGGAUAAUUUAUGGUCUGCAAUCUUAGAAGAAGUUCAGAAUCAAGGGAACACAAAAUUACCAUCUAAUAAGAAUGUAUUAGUUUUGGGUGAUAAUGAGACGGGUAAAACAACACUUAUAGCUAAAUUACAAGGUGUAGAAGACCCUAAGAAGGGUUCAGCUCUCGAAUAUGCAUAUAUAGAUGUAAGGGAUGAAUAUAGAGAUGACCACACAAGGCUUAGUGUAUGGGUAUUAGAUGGAGACCCAGGGCACAAAAAUUUGCUCAAAUUUGCAUUGAACACAGAAACAUUCCCGCACACACUAGUCAUCUUAACGGUGGCUAUGACAACACCUUGGGGUAUAAUGGACCAGCUCCACACUUGGGCUGCAGCUCUAGGUGAUCAUAUAGAAAAAUUAGGCCUUACACCAGAACAAAAACAUCAAAGCUUAAAGCAGCAAGUUCAAAAAUGGCUCAGAUAUACCGAACCGGGGGAUGAGCUGGAACCAGCGUCUUCUCCAAUGAAGCGGUCUUCGCGGAACCUAUCAGAUGACCUCGAUAGUGACGACGAAGACAAUACCCUGCCUGAGAAGGUCCUUACCACCAACCUCGGUUUGGAUAUUGUUGUUGUGGUUACAAAGACUGACUACAUGAGCACCCUAGAGAAAGAGCACGACUACCGGGACGAGCACUUCGACUUCAUGCAGCAGUGGAUCAGGCGGUUCUGCCUUCAAUAUGGCGCUGCCCUGUUCUACACAAGCGCUAAGGAAGAUAAGAAUUGUGACCUGCUCUACAAGUAUUUGACGCAUCGGAUAUAUGGCCUGCCUUUCCGCACGCCGGCGCUUAUUGUGGAAAAGGACGCGGUUCUCAUACCUGCUGGCUGGGAUAGUAUGAAGAAAAUUAGUAUAUUACAUGAAAACAUACAGUCGUGCACACCGGACGACUACUACAGAAAUAUCAUAGUACAACCCGCUACAAGGAAGAGCGGUGGUCUCCGAGAAGCAGAGAUAACGUCAGAGGAUGAGCAGACAUUCCUCCAACGACAGCAGUCGGCGUUGUUAGCUGGAGCCGCUGCACCUCGGGCUGACUCCCCACUUAGGACUGCACAAAGGACCGCGGCGCAGCUUGACGGCACAAAAAUCGGUAUGGGCGGCGGUACGCCAGGCAACGAGGGUGUUCUAGCCAAUUUCUUUAACUCCCUGCUAUACAAGAAGACUGGCUCGCCCGGCGCACGCGCAGACGUCUCGCCGGGCGCAGUGUCGGCUGCUGCCAGGUCUGACGCCGCGGCGGAACUGGAUCGACUCACGCGCAAUAAAAGACCACCGCCUACUGUCGAUCUUAACUCGUCCGAGUGCUAGUUACGCAGGUAGAGUGCGGCAAGUGUACUCAAGGAAGGCAGGGCGUUCGCGUCCCGCUGCUUUACCACACGACUUCCCGCUUACUCGAUACGAGAGGCUGUCAGCUAUUCUCCAUACUUCCAUAAAAGGUAUCUUAUUGAAGAAUGCUUAUCGUUUUAGAGAGAUGUAGAAAACUUAUACGAAUUCAACGGCUAGGAAUCUGAAAUGUUAUAUUCUAUACCACAAGCACGGCAGAUAUUUAUAAAUUUAGCCACAAAGCCAUAAUAUCUCUUAUUUUCUUGAAAUUCGUCAGGAAGUCUUGGAAUGUUUCGAGCGGCUUACAGUGGAAUGGAAUAAAGAAUCCUAUUUAAUUCUGUGUAACACUUGUUCUAUGAUAUUAAGUAUUUAUUUAGGUAGCUUCACGUUCUAAGUUGAAUAAUGGUUUUAAGCACUGUCCACCGCUUACAUGAUACUUUUAGUGCGCCUAGCAUCUAGUUAUGGAACAAAAAAAUUAUAUGUUUUAACUGCUUGAAGUAUCAUGUGGGCGGCAAGUGAUUGUAAUUCUUGAGAUUAAUCGGUGGUUUUGUACUGUAUAUA